AGUCUACGACGAUGUGGGUCUUAAUAAUCCAGUGGUCGGUCAGGAUCUUCUAAUCUGGAACAUUUUCUGGGCACCCCAAAUAAAAGGUAGGCCUAAAUCACCAAACGUGGGACCCACAUGAUACAACGGCUGAGGCAUUCCACUUAUAAAAUGGUCCAUUAGUGGCAGAAAACAAAGGAGGGGAGAAGCAGAGAUGGGUGAAAUGCCAUUACUUUCUUCUUACAAAUUGGGAAGAUUUCAACUCUCUCACAGGGUUGUAUUAGCACCAAUGUCCAGAUCAAGAUCAUAUGAUCAUGUCCCUCAGCAACAUGUAGUCUUGUAUUACUCCCAAAGAGCCUCAGAGGGAGGGCUUCUCAUAUCUGAAGCUACAUCAGUUUCCAACACUGGUGCUGGGUCUGCAAACAUCCCUGGCAUUUGGACGAGUGAACAAGUGCGAGCAUGGAGAACUGUUGUGGAUGCUGUUCAUGAAAAGGGGGGAGUCUUCUUUUGCCAGCUUUGGCAUGCUGGGAGGGUCCAUGAUGCCAAUCUACCUUAUGGUCAGCCUCCAAUUAGCUCUUCUAACAAGACCUUGACAGCAGAAUUAUAUCCUGGCCUAACAUUCAACCCCACUCGGCCACUAGCAACAGAAGAAAUUCCGACAUCAGUAGAUGAUUUCCGACUCGCUGCAAGGAAUGCCAUGGAAGCAGGUUUCGAUGGAGUCGAAAUCCAUGCUGCUAACGGCUAUCUCAUCGAUCAGUUCUUAAAGGACGGUGUCAACAAUCGAACCGACGAAUAUGGUGGUACAAUAGAGAACCGUUGCCGGUUCGCGUUAGAGGUUGUGGAGGCAGUUGUUGGUGAGAUUGGAGCGGAUAAAGUAGGCAUCAGGCUCUCCCCAUUCUCAUCGUACAUGGAAUGCCGUGACUCGGACCCUGAAGCUCUUGGGCUCUAUAUGGCUAGAGCACUAAAUAAAUACCACGUCGCCUACGCACAUUUUAUCGAGCCUAGGAUAGAUGACCAAGGAGAUAUUUUUGAGACCCCACAUAGCUUGGGGCCCAUGAGGAAGACCUUUAAGGGCUCAUGGAUUGUUUCUGGGGGUUAUACUAGAGAAGAUGGGAACAAGGCUAUAGCUGAUGGGGCUGCAGACUUAGUAGCAUAUGGGCGCUAUUUCAUAUCAAACCCAGACCUGCCCAAGAGAUUUGAGGUGAAUGCAACCUUAAGUAAGUAUGAUAGAGCUACUUUCUAUACACAUGACCCUGUUGUGGGUUACACUGAUUACCCUUUUAUGGAACCCCACACACCCACACCAGAUGGGCGUUCAGAUCCCUUGACCUCAUGGUGAUAUAGAUUGAUAUAGAUUGAUUAUACUAGAAGUGGUCAUUAAUUUAGACCUGUCAUCAUGUGGGAUCCACCUUCGGUUGCUUUUUUUUACCUCUUAAACAUCACUUUGAAUGAAUAUCUUAGCCAUGGAGCUAACAGCUACAAAAAAAAUGGACAUUUUGUAGAGGGUGAUGAUAUAAAAUAAUGUAAAAAUAUUAUUAUUAUGAUUUUAUGGUGAAUAAAUGAAAUAAUAAUGGUGAAA